GAUGGAGCAUUCAGACCACUGCAAUCUCUUGAGAUGCUGGUUUUAGACAACAACCUUCUGUCCACACUGAGCACGUCAUCUUUUGAUGGCCUGGGGAAGUUGCAGGAACUCUACUUGAGGAACAAUGAGCUGGAGCACAUGCCACCUGAUGUGUUCAGAAACAUGGCCAAGCUUUCUCAGCUGGCUCUCAGUGGAAACCGCCUGAAGACAGUGGAUGGAAACAUGUUUGCCCAUAUGCCUGAUCUGAAGAAGCUCUACCUCCAUGAUAACACGUGGCAAUGUGAUUGUGACAUCAUCUCCUUGGUGCAGUGGAUGGGACAGACCAAGGUUACCCUUUCGCCUCGGAAUGCAUUGAGGUGCACGAGUCCUACAGAACUCCAAACCAAGAGCCUCUCUAGUCUACAAACUGACAAGCUGCUCUGCCGUGCCUAACACCAACAAAGCCUGUAUGAAGACCACAGUGUGGGCCCAUGGAGAUUCAGAUGAUGAACUUUAACUUAAAACUCUUUUUUUUUACUCUGUAUACUGAGCUAGUAUUUAAGUGAACCUGUUUCUUUUAUGAUUUCUUAAAGCUGAGCUAGUAUUUGUAAAGGUAACUUUCUUUUAUGCUUUUUCUCAAAUUUCUCAAUAGAUUUCUCAGUGUAUCUCCUCCACUUUAAGAGCAACAUAUUGAUGUAUAUAAACA